AUGGCGUGAGGGGGGGAGAUGGCGUGAGGGGGGGAGAUGGCGUGAGGGGGGGAGAUGGCGGAGAUGGCGUGAGGGGGGGAGAUGGCGUGAGGGGGGGAGAUGGCGUGAGGGGGGGAGAUGGCGUGAGGGGGGGAGAUGGCGGAGAAGACGUCCACAUUGGCAACUACAGUACCUGCUGUCUGGAGGGAGCGAGGGGAGACAUUUAUCUGGAAGCCCCUGGUGAAACACUACCAGUGCUGGGGGGCCAGGGGGAGACGCGUGCCUUUCCAGCACGGAUUCUGGCUUUUGUGGAGCUCCGAGGCCCGCAGUGGCCUGCGUGGAAACCAGCGCGGAAAGCGAGCCCGCGGUUCAAGGCCGCCGCCGCCCGCUGGCCCACGCUGCGAGAUAUUCAAAAUGCAGGCGCGGCCCGGCAAACUGGUUUCCCGGGGGACGGCGAGGCUACAAGACUAGGAUGGCCCCAGGCCGCCAACGGCUCCGUGCGGGACCUGGCAAAGGCAGGAGUCUCUGCAGGGAUCUCCUGGGUCAAGCAGAGCGGCGCGCGGCUGGCAAGCGGCUCUUCCCGUGACAUCAGCGGCCGCUUCCGCGUCGCCUCUGGCAAAGGGCCCGAACGCCAGCUGCCAGCCGGACACGCGCCGCCAGCCACGCCGCGCGCCGCUCUAUCGACACCGACGGAGGAAGAGGUGCGCACGGCUACAGAGUUCCGCCUGCCUUACUAA